UUAUUUUUUCACCCUAGCUCGCUGCGGUGCUGAACGUGUGUGCUGUUGACUUCUAAGUUCUAGUUGGACCCCUGCGACAGGUCCUGUUCGUUUUGCUUAGCACUCUGGAAUGGAUUUGUGCUGGUGGCGGGGGAAAAGCGAAAUGCUUUCUGUCCUGUGUGCAAUCGCCAUUCUGCUGUUGGCAGUUUGUUCGGCCAUUCCUAUGGCAUUACCCGAGCCAGGAGUACUCACUCGUGAUGGCUUAGGCGAACAAACACCGCUGUCCCCAGCAGCCGGGCAGCAGCAGGGGCAAAACGAGGAGCUGGAGCUGGAUCGCCAUGUGAGGCAGACUAGCACCGCGGUAUGCAAGCCCCAGGUGACCGUGAUCCGGUUCGUCCAACAGGGCGGCGUGCCGGCCAUCUCGACGGAGGAGGAUGGCGCGGUUACCGUGGCAACGUUCAAGGACUCGGAACCUCGCACGGGUGUGUUGCUGGAACUGUUUGGGCUGUGUCUGGACGACGUGGACUCCAUUGUAUUCCCGCGACCGGAGAGCAAGACGUGUGCGAGCCGGUUUGGGCCCUACUACCCCGACCCUGCCCAACGUUAACAAACCUGCUGGACUCGUUGACUGGCUCCGGAUUGGUUGCCGUGAUAGCUUCGUCCGGAGGUAUUGUCGUCCUCGGCGAGAUUGUCCCGCAGAGCGUCUGCUCGCGCUAUGGCCUGGCCGUCGGGGCCAAGACCAUAUGGCUGACGCGCUUCUUCAUGAUCGUCACUUUCCCGCUAGCCAUGCCCAUCUCUUGGAUUUUGGAUCGGAUCUUGGGAAGGGAGAUUGGUCGUGUGUUUAAACGCGAGGAGCUCAUAAAGUUGGUGCAAGUGACGCGUGAUCACCAUGAUAUGGCUGAGGAUGAACUAGAGAUGUUGGCUGGAGUGCUACAGUUUAAGAACAAGACCAUAGCGGAAGUCAUGACUCCCAAGGCUGACAUGUUCCUGCUCGCCGAUAACACCGUCUUAAACUUCGACACGCUCCGCAUGAUCCAGAAAAAGGGUCACUCGCGCAUACCAGUGUACUGCCAUGGAGACGAGAGUGACAUCAUGGGCGUGCUAUUUGUGAAGGACUUGAUGUUUGUGGACCCGGAUGAGAACUGGCCUGUGUCUCGCAUUGUGAAGCAGUACAAACAUGCUGUUUUACGCACUGUGCAAGACACCAAGCUGGAUGUCAUGCUGGAGCAGUUUAAGAGCGGCGUGUCACACAUGUCACUGGUCCAGCGUCUUAUCAACGAUUGUGAAGGAGACCCAUACUAUGUCACUGUCGGCAUUGUGACACUAGAGGACAUUAUUGAAGAAAUCAUCAAAACGGAAAUUGUUGAUGAGACUGAUAUUGUGCGUGAUAACAUUACCAAGGAACCGGUGCAGAGGAAACCCGGGAGAAUGCUGAUGUGGAGGUGCCUAUGCUGGACGAGGCUGAUGGUGUCAACGUGUCCAAGAACCUGCUGAUGGCCGCGCACACAUUCCUACGCAAUGAUUUCGACAAGUACUUCAGCUCUGCGCAGGUCAGCGACGACAAGCUAGGUCGCCUGCUGGGCAGCCACAAGUCCAUCUGCACGGUGCGCGUGGGGACCACGGUAGCCGAAUCCAAGGACACUGUGCAGUACCUGCGC